CUCAGACUCCUCAGCAUGUCCUCCGGCUGGUCACAGAACGACCACAGGAGCUACUCGAACCCGCCGCCGGUCUCCGGUAAGCGGCCGAGGAACGACUCAGGGAACAAAGUGACGGUGGUUCUGGGAGCGCAAUGGGGUGAUGAAGGAAAGGGCAAAGUUGUGGAUUUACUCGCCACAGAGUCCGACAUCGUGGGCAGGUGUCAGGGUGGAAAUAACGCCGGCCACACUGUGGUGGUGGAGGAGAAAGAGUACGAUUUCCAUCUUCUGCCAAGUGGAAUAAUCAACACCAAAUGCACAUCAUUCAUCGGUAAUGGCGUAGUCAUUCACCUUCCAGGAUUAUUUGAGGAGAUUGACAAGAAUGAGAAAAAAGGGCUGAAAGGAUGGGAGAAAAGACUGGUGAUCUCAGAUCGGGCUCACAUCGUGUUUGACUUUCAUCAGGCCGUGGACGGACUUCAGGAGACUCAAAGACAAGCUCAGGAAGGCAAAAACAUAGGAACAACUAAGAAAGGCAUCGGACCCACAUACGCCUGUAAAGCGUCUCGCACUGGCCUUCGCAUUUGUGACCUGAUGGCUGAUUUCAAUGAGUUUUCCACAAGGGUGAAGAACCUGGUCCAGCAGUACCAGUCCAUGUACCCUACUCUGAAAGUGGACGUGGAGAGCGAGCUUAAGAAGCUAAAGGAAUACGCUGAGAGGAUAAGACCACUGGUCAGAGACGGUGUCUAUUUCAUGUAUGAUGCAAUUCAUGGGCCGCAGAAGAAAAUUCUGGUGGAGGGAGCCAACGCCGCCCUGCUUGACAUUGACUUUGGAACGUAUCCUUUUGUGACGUCGUCUAACUGCACUGUUGGCGGUGUGUGUACGGGUCUCGGCAUCCCUCCUGCAAACAUCGGCGAUGUGUAUGGAGUGUCAAAGGCCUACACUACUAGAGUUGGGAUCGGGGCCUUUCCUACAGAACAACUCAAUGCUGUUGGUGAACUGCUGCAGACCAGAGGUCAUGAGGUGGGCGUGACCACAGGCAGAAAGAGACGCUGUGGUUGGCUGGAUUUGGUUAUUCUUAAAUAUGCGCACAUGAUUAAUGGAUUCACAGCCAUCGCUUUGACUAAACUGGACAUUCUUGAUGUUCUGGAUGAAAUUAAAGUGGGCGUGGCUUAUAAGAUCAACGGCAAAAGAAUCCCACAUUUCCCAGCCAAUCUGGAGGUGCUGCAGAAGGUGGAGGUGGAGUAUGAGACGUUCCCCGGCUGGAAAUCAGACACUUCAGCAGCCAGAAAGUGGGGCGAUCUUCCUGCCAAAGCACAGAACUACAUCCGCUUCGUGGAGAAUCACAUCGGGGUUCCCAUUAAAUGGGUCGGCGUCGGCAAAUCCAGAGAAUGUAUGAUCCAGAUGUUUUAGGAUUAUUACCCACAAUCCUCCAGUGACGCCUGUCUGAAGAUCAGCAGCAGUGUUUUUGCUGACCCCCAUUCACUUGCCCAUCAGACUCCUUAAAGGGACAGUUCACUGAAAAUCAUAAUUCUGGCAUUUACUCUCCCUUCACGUGUCCCAAACCUAAUUGAGUUUCCUUCUUUUGUUAAACACAAGUGAAGAUAUUAUGAAAAAUUCUGGAAAAAAACAGCCAUUUGCAGCCAUAGUUUUUUUUUUUCAUGAAGCUUUGAAACAUUCACAAAUCAUUUGUUUUCGAAUCAGUGAUUUCGGAGCACGUAUCAAUCAGAUAAAGUCAUGUCAUUUCAGUAAACGAGGCUUUAUUACAUCAUUAGUUUGUAAACAUUGAGAUAAUUCAAUGUUUCUCCACUGGGAGGCGAUCUGUGUAAUAUUAUAACAUCCGCAUGAAUCACAAAAGUCAUUCAGUUUGUCCCCUAGUGGCGAAUCACUGAACUGCUUCAUAGUUUUUACCUGAUCUCAAGUCAGUUUAAGAUGUUUUAACGAGGCAUCUGAAAUGGAAUAAUGGUUAAUAAGAGUUAAUAUUCUCUUGUUGACCUGUUUAGUAGAGCCUAUUAUGUAACAAACAAUAAGUCUUGAAAACUAACGCAUAAAUGUUUAAAUAUUCUAUGCAGACACUAAAUAUGUCAUGGGAUGGCUCAGUGGUUAGCUCUGUGACCUCAAAGCAAGAAGGUUUCUGGUUUGAGUUCUGGCUGGGUUUGUUGGCGUUUCUGUGUGGAGUUUGCAUGUUCUCCCCAUGUUGGUGUUGGUUUCCUCCGGGAAAUUUUUCAGUACUGGGUUCCGACUGGAAGAGCAUCAGCUGUGUAAAACAUAUGCUGGAUUAGUUGGCAGUUCAUUCCACUGUGGCGAUCCCUGAUAAAUCAGAGACUUAAGCUAAGGGAAAUUAAUUAAAUAUGUAAUGAUAUUAAAUAUGCUAAGUGUAUUUGUACUGUAGGUUAUAGUUUCAAUUUAAAAUUCACAAUGGGUUAGUGCGUUGUAGUAGCAUUAUGGUGAUUACGGUGAUGCAAUUUCAAUUAGAUUUUCUUAGUUUGCAAUGGUUUUUAUUUAAAAAUCUGUUCUAAUAAAUGUUUUUGUUGCAUUUAUAAGUGUUUCACCAGCAGGUGUCACUAGCACAUGGUGUUUUGAAUGCUUCGAAACUUAUUCAUUUAUUUAUUUUUCUUUGGCCUAGUCCAGGGGUGGGCAAUCUUGGUCCUGGAGGGCCGGUGUCCUGCACAGUUUAGCUCCAACCCUAUUCAAACAGACCUCCCUGUAGAGUUCAAGUGAUCUUGAAGACACUGAUUAGUUUGUUCAGGUGUGUUUGACUAGUGUUGGAACAAAACUCUGCAGGGACACCGGCCCUCGAGGAUCAAGUUUGCCCAUCCCUGGCCUAGUCCCUUUAUUCAUCAGGAGUAGCCACUGUGGAAUGAACUACAAUUCUUCCUGCAUGUUUUACACAACUGAUACCCUUCCAGCCACAACCCAGUACUGAAAAACACCCAUACACACACACACUCACAAACUACGGUCAGUUUAGUUCAUCAAUUUCCCUAUAGCACAUGUGUUUGGACUGUGGGGGACACCAGAGCACCCGGAGGAAACCCACGGUAACACAGGGAGAAGAUGCAAACUCCACACAGAAACACCAACUGACCCAGCCGGGACUCGAACCAGCAACCUUCUUGCUUUGAGGUGACCACUGAGCCACCGUGUCACCCCUAAAAAUAAUUAUUUAUUAAAAAAAAUGCAAUAUGUUUGCUAAAAUGAGUUCUAAUGGAUGUUUUUGUUGCAUUUAUAAGCGUUUGACCAGCAGGUGGCACUAGCACAUGGUGUUUUGAAUGCUUCGAAACUCAUUCAUUCAUUCAUUUUCCUUCGGCUUAGUCCCUUUAUUCAUCAGGGGUUGCCACAGCAGAAUAAACCAACUAUUCCGGCAUGUUUUACACAACGGAUACUCUUACAGCCGCAACCUAGAACUGGGAAUCACCCAUACACACUCAUUCACACACUACAAUCAGUUUAGUUCAGCAGUUCCCCAAUGUGUUUGGACUGUGGGGGAAACCAGAGCACCCGGAGUGGAGAACAACACGGGGAGAACAUGCAAACUCCAAUACCAACUGGCCCAGCUGGGACUCGAACCAGCGACCUUCUUGCUGGUGACAGUGCUAACCAUUGCGCCACCGUGCCGCCCCUAAAACAUAGUUAUAUAGAGAAAAAAGUUAGCACUAAUUUAGAUAAAAAGGAGUUCUAAUGAAUGUUUUUGUCACCACAUUAUUUGGAUGCUCAGAAACCUUCAUUUCUCCAUCACUAGUUCCUACUAUGAGAGUCAGUGGCUGCUUUUCUCCAACAUUCUCCAUUAGAUUUUGUUUUGUGUUCAACAGAAGAAAGAAUCACACGAGUAAAUGAUGAGGAAAUGGUGAACUGUCCCUUUAAGAAGCGCUGUUUGAUUUGAUAUGAGAUGUUUAUGUCCAGGCAUUACGAGAGAAACUCAAUGUGUUUACACCAGUCUUUAAAAAACAAAUACAUGAGUUGAGUUUCCAGGAUUCAACUUCACCCAAAGUGGCAUUUCUGUAUGUUUUAUUGCAUUUGUUGUUUCAUGUGAGACACAUAAACUGAACUCCCUGAA